UAUGACAUUUUUGAAAGGGUGAUGUUGUUACUCCUGGAUCAGCGAUGGAUUUAGACUGGCAGUCUGACUGAGGUGCAGUAUGAAUUUAAGAUCUGGGGAAAUGAUAUGGUGCCAGCUGCCUGAUAGUUAUGGCAGUACAAGAUGGACAACCCAUGAACCUCAGUGACAGUGAAGAUGGAGAAUGGCCUACAGAAGAGGUGCAGCCAUUACUGGACAACAAAGCACAAACAUUAGGUGGAGCACAACAUGUUACCAACAUACCCUUAGUGCCACUGGCAGGCUCCAGGCAGUGCUGCUCAGCCCGCUGGAACUUGUCCUUCUUGAUGUUCCUGGGGUUCGGUAUGGUUUAUGCUCUACGUGUUAACCUUAGUGUGGCAAUGGUAGCCAUGGUCAAUGGUACAGCUCCUCAGCCAGUAGACAACAGCACCUAUUUGGCCGUGUGUCCAGAUCAUUCAACUGACAACAGUAGCAACACCAGCAGGGAAACGCUAAGGGUUCAACAGUUCCAGUGGGAUUCAACGACUCAGGGAGUGAUUUUGAGUUCAUUUUUCUAUGGGUACAUCCUUACUCAGGUUCCAGGGGGUUACCUAGCAGGCUACUUUGGGGGAAAGCUUUUUCUGGGCCUUGGGGUGCUGGUCACCGCAGUCUUAACAUUGCUUACCCCACUAGCAGCCAGUCUAGGGGUACCCUACCUUGUUAUCCUAAGGGCCCUAGAGGGCUUUGGAGAGGGUGUGACCUAUCCUGCAAUGAAUGCCAUGUGGGCAAAAUGGGCUCCUCCUCUUGAGCGCAGCCGGCUGAUGACCUUUUCUGGCACAGGUGGUAGCUUUGGGUCAUUUGUGGCGCUCCCCAUUACCGGAUUCAUUUGCCAUUCCCUUGGCUGGGCUUACGUCUUUUACAUCUUUGGUAAACUGUUUUCCACGGGGGCCGCUGGCUGUAUCUGGGCGCUGUUGUGGUUCUGUCUGGUCACCGAUGAACCUCUCUCUCACCCCAGAAUCAGCAAGCAGGAGAGAGAUCACAUCACCAGUUCAGUUGGUUUACAGGGUAAGUGCCAUGGAUGGACUCUCCCGUUUCUAUCGAUGCUCACUUCUCUCCCACUCUGGGCCAUCAUCAUUGCUCAUUUUUGCAUCAACUGGUCUUUCUACACUCUACUGACGACAUUGCCAUCCUAUAUGUCCCAAGUGCUACACUUCAGCAUCAAAGAAAAUGGAUUCCUCUCUGCAGUGCCUUAUUUCACUUCUUGGGUCAUGUCUAUCAUUUGUGGUCAGCUGGCUGAUCGCAUGCGGGAGCGGCGUAUUGCCAGCACGACAUUUGUACGCAAGAUGUUUACAGUCAUAGGGUCAUUGCUACCCGCAGCCUUCUUCAUUGCAACAGCAUUUAUUGACUGUGAUUAUGUAGCAGCAAUGGUGUUCCUCACUGUGUCUUCCACUCUGAUUGCCGCUAACUCAGCUGGAUUUAGCAUCAAUCACAUCGAUAUUGCACCAAGGUAUGCCGGUGUGCUGCUGGGCAUCACUAACACAUUUGGGACACUGCCUGGGAUGAUCGCACCCACAGUAGUGGGGUACCUCACUGCUCAGAAUGCUUUGGCUGGGUGGAAAAUAGUGUUCUACAUUUCAGCAGCUAUACUGACAUUUGGUGGAGUAUUUUAUACGGCCUUUGGUAGUGGUGAACCUCAAGUCUGGUCUAAGGGCAUUCCAGAGGGAAAACAGAGAGACCAGAAGAGCAUUACAUCACCCACGCUUAUAAACCAUCCUGUCUGGUCACCAGAUCCCGAUGAAUAGCAUGGAUCGGUAAAGUCUUGAGAAGAUCACUAGUCAACGUUAACAAUGAACUCUGGAGGUUUUCACUGGCUUGUAUUCAAUUACAAUGUAGCAUAGUUAAGAAAUCACGUUAGUAUGCAUUGACAAAACAACAUAUGCGACCAGAUAUUACUUUGUGCAGGGCUACCAAUCAUCCAGCUAGAAACUGCUAAUUUUGCUAAUGUUAAACACCAGUAUUUGUCAGUUAAUAUCAGACAGUCAGGUGACUUAGGCCAACAGGAAGACCGUGUGUUAUGGGUGCAUUUCUGCAUUACAAUUCAGGAGCAUUUAGGCACUUAACCAUUUGUAAUUAUCUCUGUCAGAGAGGUGGCCAUACUGCAAGAGAUGUGUGAACAGUUCGCAGCUGAGGUGUCCUGCAGAGUGAGAACAAUUAAAUGGAAAUACAACAGCAAAGACAAUCAAAAGUUAGCAGAGUACUGUAUGAUUUUUCGUCUACUAACAGUAACUGUAUAUAGCCUGCUGAAACUGCAAUGCCAAUACAUAAUAGUCAGUUAUAUAAGACACAAAUCUUUCAAAGAUUCCGCUUGCCAGCCUUCUCGGCUCUAACCACAAAUCUUUCUUAGUUAUGGAAGUGUAAUCAUGAACUAAAAUAGUAGAUAAAAUAGAAUCAUUGAAAUGGCCAGGAUGUAUAAGAAGCCAGGAAUCAAGGGUUUAUUUUUAAAGUUUUGAAUCAUUGAGCUUACUGAAAAACUUAACUUGAAAAACAAUUUCCAUUUUCUUUUUGUUAACCUCCAGGUCUAUUUUUUUUUAAUUAAACACUAGUCAAUUACAAAAUGUAUAAAUCUGAAAUGGAGCCAUUUUGAAGAAAGGGACUUAGAAAAGUAGAACUUAAACCCUUAGGGACAAGUCGGCCAAGAAUGAUCAGCUUGCAGCUUCAUAUGUUGCAUUUUCCACCCCACCAUCUCUUUGAAUUCAAGAUGUACAUACGUGCUUGCUAACCUGGACUUUAAAUGCACCAUUCUUUUAAAUUAUAUUAAGAACAUGACUGAACUGCAGUGUGUGGAUGUGGGAGUAGUCUGCAUAAUGGAUGUGGAUGUUGCACCUUAGGAAAGCGUAUAACAUCCACCUGAUUCCACCAACUGAUUAAAUAAUGAAAUUGUACAAACUAAAAAUAUAAAAAUUAACAAAAGAACAAAUGCUCUCAGUGUUAAUUUACUACAGAGUUUCCCAAACUCAGUCUUGGUGUGGUGCUGUAACUGUAGGCUGUUGAUUUUAUUAACAGCUAUACCUUCUGACUCUAUAUGUGUGACUCUGUAUAGCACUGCUGAGUCACAGCUUCAGAGAUCUUGUUUCAAUUCUUGACUUAAUCACUGUCCCUACUACUUUGUCUGCUUUGGUUUUUUACUAAAUAAUCCAUUUUCCUGUCACAUCCCAAAAAUGUGUAUGAAUCUGGUGAGUGUCUUCAUUGGCCCAGUAUGAGUGUAUGCAUAAGUGUGUGUGUGUGUGUGGAUGUUGAAUAAAAACUAACGAAUAUAUGCUGUGAUGAACACAGCUUUUCUUACUUAUCAUAUAGGCAGUAGUGGCACUUUGAGGAGAACUGAACUGGAACAUGUACAGUUAAUGGCGCAUUCCCUACCACAGACUCACUGUUUGAAUCUGAGUAAGCCAUUUAGCCUGCCCACUUUUAAAUCUGAUUAUAAUUUUUAUGUGAAACAUGUUGGUAUGCUGUUUUUAUUAUGAAAUGCUUUAUAUUAGUAUAGGACUCACUUGCUAUGUUUUAUUGUUAUUUCUUUGUAAUUAAAUUACAUAGUAUGUUAUGUCUAUACGUGUGUUGGCAUACACUCAACCAGCAGGCCAUCACUGAUAAAAAAAAGGAUCCAGCUCCCUGUGGCCCAGUCUAAAAAAGGGUGUCUCUUGGCAUGCAUUUCUGUUACUGAAUGGGUGUACUGCCUUACACUGGUUUGAUUCCAUCCUAGGGAGCCAUGUGUGUGUAAAGACUGCGUGUUGUUUCUGUGUUUGUGUGGGUUUCCUAAAGGAACUCUGGUGCUGUUGGGCCAUUUGGUUACAUUUACAUGAUCCCCAUGAAGUACUGAUAAGUCUGCUGAUAUGGACAUACAAUGAUAACAUGUCCAGCGUCAGCCAACUUACUAUAUUAAGCAGGAAGAGCCACUAAAGAAAAUGGAUGAUAAGUGAAUAGGAAUAAUGCUAUAGAUACAAAAAAAUAUGAGCCUGGCUUUUGUUUUAUGAUUUUGUAGGUUGAAUUUACACAGUGCAGCUGAAAAUAAAAAUGAUUUUGUACUUUGUUA